AUCUUGAACUCAUCAGUUGUGCGAAGUUAAUGCAAUAGGCUCUGCCAUCGACAAAAAUUUAACGCUAAGAAACGAUAUUCCUACAAGUGUCAGUGUCGUUCCAAUUGUUGUCUGCUGUGCUACAACUCUGGUCCUUGCAUUCAAUCGCAAUCAAACUGUUAGGUGAACAGGUUCAAGUGAUUGAAUUUUAUUUUUGUUGUUUGUGGUUAUCGCUGCGAAAUUGCAGACAGAGAUAAAACAAUUUUUCGGAUAAGUUGAAGAACAUAUAGGAAACAAAGAAAUUCCUUUCUCUUUGGUCUAAUUAUGACCAAAACAUGUUUAUGCCUAUUACUGCACAUAAUAUGGGCGGUAACGACACAGGCACAACAUAAAUCACAUUCGCUACAAUCAGCAGUAGAUGCACUUCACCGAAGAGAAGCACAGCUAGCAUUAAGGGAGCUUGAAAAUGCACAUUCAUUGUCGGACGAGAGUGGAUACUACAAUGAAAAUCCUGCUGAAUUGGAACACAUAAAGCAGCAAGAAUUGAAUAAAUUGUUAGCAAAUUAUUUAGGUAGCGACGAUGAUGACAGAGAACAAUCACCGUAUGAAUCGGAAUUUGAUGACGAAGACUAUAAUGGAUUUGAUGAACGUAAGCGUUCAAUGUUCCGGGAGCGGGGAAUUCCAGACACCCCAUACCAAAGCGUAUUCCGUGAACGCGAAUCCGACAACCGUCAACCGGAACUAGCCGCCCAGUUUCUGAAAGAGAUUGACCGCGAGCGCAAUUUGGAACGUGAAGAGGCGUACAAGGAUAAUCUUCGCCGUUUGUGGGAAAAAUACCAAAUGCAAGAAAAUGAAAUCGAAGAGGAACUGUUUGACGAUGACAAACAGCACAACAUUGGACCACAGUCGUAUUGGGGACCUGUGCCGGAAAAACGUCGCCUUGUGUUGCCGUGGUUGCCAGCAAUACGACGGAAACGGUUUCCGGUUGCAAAGCGAUCGUCAACGUAUCCCAAGCAAGAUGCACAGAUAUCCGGAACGAAUGAAAAAGUUGCACGUGACUUGGAAGCGAUUUUUGGCGGAAGUGAUGUAAUCGAUGAGAAAAAGAAGCGGUCCAGCGGUGAUGCAGUUUCCAAAUCGGUUAGUACGACAACUACGGCGAAGCCACAUAAAAUCGACAAGAAGAGUGAUCGAUCGAGAGACGAUGAAAAUUUAGCUCGCCAAGAUCAGUCGCAACAUUAUGACGAUUAUCAGAAAGAUAAGCCAGAAGAUGUUCAUUCCAAUGACGACAACGAUGAGUACCAUGAUAGUGAUCACGACCAUGAGCACGACCAUGACCAUGAACACGAACAUGAUCACGAGGAAGACGAGGAGGACGAUUUUGAAGACGACGAUGACGAUGAUAAAAAGAAGAAACGAUCAACCAUUGAGGUCAAGAAGAAGCGAGGUAAUCUGGAAAUUUUGAGAGAAGACCAAAUCAUACCCGGCGAUUUGACUGAUUUGAGAGGUAAAAAGUCGAUCCAGUGGAACAAGUAUUUCGGACUAGAUCGCAAAAAGAAAUCGGACGAUUGGUUUAUGAGCAAGUACGGUAAUCCUCACCACAGUCAGCACGACGAGUAUCCGAUAAAAAACUUUCGCCAUCACGAUGAGGUAUCGAAACCAAGCAGUUUAGACGAAGAGAAGCUUCAGAACAUGAACCAGAAAUUGAAAAAUAUCGAGGACUUGAUCAUCGACGAAACGGUGAAAUACACUGGUGCUCAUGAAGGUACAUCAAAUCCCGACGAAAUUCAAAAACUGAAGGACCACGUCAUAUCCCGCCUGGCAACAGCUUACAGCUUGGAAAAGAUGAGACGAGCCCUCGAUAAACUUAAGCAAUCGGUUGACAACGAACGACACUUAGGACAAAAUGAAAUCGACGAAGAAAAACGAAAGACUGAAGCGGAGAAAGAGAAACGGGUGGCAAUCAAGAAGGAAAAGGUUCAAUUCGACAACAAUCAUCAUGCAAUCGAACCGACCCACGAAAAAGUGGUACAGGAUGUCCAGAACAGCGCUCAGGAUGUUCCCGAAGAGGAUAAAAAGAAGAAGAAGAAGAGUGUGUUGGCCACUAAAUCAUUCCCCGACUACAACGACAUUAGCGAAUUCGAAGAGGAACUGGGUGCGGGUCAUUUCGAACCGCACGAAGGCUUUUCAAGUGGUAGAACGAAUGGUCUUACGCCGAGCCAAUGUCCACUGAUUCUAUCGAUGGAGAAACGUUGCCGUGGUGUUGAUUUGCUUAGUGGUGAUAUGCAGCAAGAGCUAUUGCCUGUCUGCGGCAUACAUCAAAUUUGCUAUUUAUGCGGAACGUCACAAUCGUCCUGUGAUUUCCAAUAUCUAAAUGACGCCGACUCUGUGUGUGGCCACAACAAGGAAUGCCAGUCAGCUGCUCGUUCCGCAUUGAUGAUUUUACGUGGAUCGCCCGGACCGUUGCUCGGACCCAGAGAAUGCGCCAAAAAUCCGUGCUUACAUCAGGUAUUGCGCGACAUUGGUCUGCCAAUUUAAGCGGAUCGUUUCAGUGUGUGCGUGUUUGUUUCUUAUUUGCAUAAACAAAACAAAAAUCUAAUUUACAUUUUCCAAUUUGAUUGAUUAUUAUAAUAUUACCAAAAGGAGAAAAAAGUGUAAAAAUAUAUUCUUUAGAUAAACAUUAUAAAUGUAUACACACAAAAAAAAAGAGAACUUUUUAGAUGAUAAAGAAAAAUGAUGGAGUAAGAGAGACAGAGGGAAGAGAAGAAGUCGUUGUUUAACUCUAUGAAUAACAUUUUACUUCUGAAUAACAUGGAGACAUGUUUCAAUGGACAAGUAUAAAUUUAAAGAAGAAAAUAAAUUAAUUUUUAAGAGAAAAAAAUUUUGUUGUAAAUAUGAAACCAUAAAAUGUGCAACUUUUUGGGCAGCUAAAAUUUUUUUGUCUGUAUUAAUCUGUAUUAACAAUGAAAUUGUUCCAUUACAUUUUGCUGUGUAUUAAGCGAAAGGCAUUUUACUAAUCCAUAUAUACCACCACCCCCACCAUCCAUGUUCUCAGUAAGACAUCCAAUAAUUAUAAAUUAAAAAUAAAUGAAACAAUUGUAUUUAAUGUAUCAAUGGCUGGCUAAAUAUCAAUAUAUCACACAUAAGACUAUAAAACGUUUUCUCUCUUCCUAAGUUUUCCGAGCAUAUACCGUUGAAUUAAAGAUGAACUCUGCUGAUGAUAAUAAUAUUUUUAUAAUAUGUAUAAUGAAACAAGACGAGACGGAAAACUCAUUCAUUUUUCAUUCAGAAUUUUAUUUUAUUUCAUAAUGAACUCUGUUCACGAUCUUUUGCUUAAGUUAAGCCUAAUUUUUGUUAUAUAUUUCCACAUUGGACUUUUUGAUUCAAUUUAUCAUUAAAAAUUAAAAGAAAAUAUUGUUGUCAAA